AAGACAAGUCUCACUAAAUUGCCCAGGCUUGCUUGAACUUGAAAUCUUCCUGCUUUAGCCACCUGAGUAGCUAAGACUACAGAUGUGCACCGUGUCCGAUUUAUGUUUUAUAUUUUUUAUCAUUUUAAAAUAAUACUUAACUCAUUAACUUUUACCAUUUUCAAAAUAACGUUUAAAGUAAUAAAUUUUUCUCCUAAUUAAUUUGCAUCUGAGAAAUUUAUUAUGGUAAUAUUUUCAAAAUCAAUGAUUUAUACAGUGGUACCUGUAUUUCAUUUAAUUCUUUCCACUCAGAGGAACUGAAGGAGGUUCUGUUCGGUGACAGCUGGUGCUGUGGUUGAGGGCUCAGUGGAAGAUGGAGUUAAGAGUUGUUUUCCUCAUAGUUUCACUGACGUGAUUAUGCUGUCUCUAAGCGGAUUGAGCUUACGAGAAAUUACUGUGCUUUUAGUUGCAGUGGAUGAGGUGGGACUGAUGGCAUUUGUAGUAAUUUCAAAUGAAUGAAGUGGGUAUCCUUGUAGUAGUUCAGUAAAAGUGUUUUCAGAGUAAGUGGGAGUGAGCAUUUCUGUGCAGGCAUAAGUUCACUAGCCGUAGUUAAAUGGAUUCCAGAAUCUACCCAUUACAGUAGAGGAAAAAGUUAUAACGUGGGUUCGAGUUGUGUUGCACAGAGGUGGUUAUUGUUGAAGGUCUCUGGUAAUGCUGCGCGAGACUUCGGUCAGAGUUUCAGAUACUGGGGUGGUGUUGUGCUCCACUGAUGUUUACGUUUGGUUGGAAAGGUGGUACUAUACAUUGUAGUAGAAGGCUCACUUGAAAGGCUGGUCAGAUUUUUUGGUUGUUGUUUGUGGGUGGCUUUUUUUGUUUGUUUUUCAUUAUGGUAUAAUUUCAGUUUAAGUGGAAGUUGCCAUGGUUAUGGUUGUAGAUUAAGAUAUUGUGACGUUGACUCUAGGCCUGGCAGAGUGGGCUGGCUUCUGGCUCCCCUCUCUUUGCCCUUCCCCACCCCCACCCCACGCAUCACAAUCUAGAAUGACUUCUUCCCCUCCCCCUUCUGUUGCGCAACAAACCUGGAGACUGAGGGUCCCUGGAAGCCAACUUGUUCUUCGACGACGGAGAAGCAGAUUGACUGGGGAUAUUCCCUUGCCUAAUAAUUCCUAGAAAAUUGACUAACUAGUAUUAAGAGAAUAAAAGAUUGGAACUCAGAGAAGAUCCGGAUGUUCCUGUUAAGAAUAACCAGCUAACGAUUACAUUUUAAAGACAAUUUUGUGCUUGUCAUUUGGAAGAUCAGGAGAUCAAGCCCAUUUUAGGAGGACUUGGAGCUGGUCCUCCCUUCGAGGAGGCAGUGGCUUAUUUCAGGAAGCCUCCUCACCUUUGAUCUGAGAAUUCAUUCAGCAUGUCUAGUCGAGGAGAAGAUUGCUAUUUUUUUUUCUACUCUACCUGUACCAGAGGUGACACGUGCCCAUUCCGUCACUGUGAAGCUGCGCGGGGAAAUGACACAGUUUGCCCAUUCUGGCAGGAAGGACGCUGUUUUCAACCGUUUUGUAGAUACCGGCACAUGACAAUAAAUAAACGCAGUGAAAUUCCGUGCUACAGGGAAAAUCAUCCAGUAGGAUGUCAAAAAUUACACUGUGCUUUACACCGUGAGAGAGGACGACGCAGUGAAAUUCCGUGCUACAGGGAAAAUCGUCCAGUAGGAUGUCAAAAAUUACACUGUGCUUUACACCGUGAGAGAGGACGACGCAGUGAAAUUCCGUGCUACAGGGAAAAUCGUCCAGUAGGAUGUCAAAAAUUACACUGUGCUUUACACCGUGAGAGAGGACGACGCAGUGAAAUUCCGUGCUACAGGGAAAAUCGUCCAGUAGGAUGUCAAAAAUUACACUGUGCUUUACACCGUGAGAGAGGACGACGCAGUGAAAUUCCGUGCUACAGGGAAAAUCGUCCAGUAGGAUGUCAAAAAUUACACUGUGCUUUACACCGUGAGAGAGGACGACGCAGUGAAAUUCCGUGCUACAGGGAAAAUCGUCCAGUAGGAUGUCAAAAAUUACACUGUGCUUUACACCGUGAGAGAGGACGACGCAGUGAAAUUCCGUGCUACAGGGAAAAUCAUCCAGUAGGAUGUCAAAAAUUACACUGUGCUUUACACCGUGAGAGAGGACGACGCAGUGAAAUUCCGUGCUACAGGGAAAAUCAUCCAGUAGGAUGUCAAAAAUUACACUGUGCUUUACACCGUGAGAGAGGACGACGCAGUGAAAUUCCGUGCUACAGGGAAAAUCAUCCAGUAGGAUGUCAAAAAUUACACUGUGCUUUACACCGUGAGAGAGGACGACGCAGUGAAAUUCCGUGCUACAGGGAAAAUCAUCCAGUAGGAUGUCAAAAAUUACACUGUGCUUUACACCGUGAGAGAGGACGACGCAGUGAAAUUCCGUGCUACAGGGAAAAUCAUCCAGUAGGAUGUCAAAAAUUACACUGUGCUUUACACCGUGAGAGAGGACGACGCAGUGAAAUUCCGUGCUACAGGGAAAAUCAUCCAGUAGGAUGUCAAAAAUUACACUGUGCUUUACACCGUGAGAGAGGACGACGCAGUGAAAUUCCGUGCUACAGGGAAAAUCAUCCAGUAGGAUGUCAAAAAUUACACUGUGCUUUACACCGUGAGAGAGGACGACGCAGUGAAAUUCCGUGCUACAGGGAAAAUCAUCCACUAGGAUGUCAAAAAUUACACUGUGCUUUACACCGUGAGAGAGGACGACGCAGUGAAAUUCCGUGCUACAGGGAAAAUCAUCCAGUAGGAUGUCAAAAAUUACACUGUGCUUUACACCGUGAGAGAGGACGACCCAAUGUCGACGGCCUGUUCCUACCUCCAAGCAAAACCGUUGUGCCCGCUGCACUCCCAUCACCUGAAGAAGUAAAGGCAGGCCAGCUAGCAGCUCAACACAGCAAAGUCUCUGUGCAGUCUAGCCCCUCUCCUCGGCGGCAGAGUGUUCCCGGUGUGAAAGGAGGAAGUUACCAAAAUAUUACUCACCCCAAACACCGACAGGUUAUAAUUAAUGCCACAGAUGAUGAUAACCAGUCUUCCAAGAAAGGUGAUGAAACCAAAACACCUCUACUGUCAACUCCUGAAGUCCAGAAUGCAUUACAGGUGGCUUCUCCACAGAAACCUGGUGUCAAUUUACAACAAGAAGUUUCUUCAGGAGUUUCCAGUCCUCUAAUCCAACCUCAGAGCAUUCUGGGUCCUGAAAAAGAGCGUGAUAAAAAUGUGCUAAAGACAGUAGCUUUGUCAAGCAAAGUAGAAGAACCUUUGGUUAGACUGAAUCUUUCUGACAGACUGGGGAAACGAAAAUUCUCAGCUGAUGAUGACAGUGAUCCCAAAUUAAAGCGGAGCCUGGCAGAGCGUCUAGGAAAGAAAGUGGAAGCUCCAGAAACAAAUAUCAACAAAACACCACAUAAAAUGCAGAUUUCCCAGUCUCCGAGGGAGAGAUUAGGCGUACCAACUAGGCCAAGCAAUGAUGAAGCAACAAUAAGAGGGAAUAAAGUCAGUGACAUCCAUGUGAAGACCUUGGAAGAAAUUCUUCUUGAAAGAGCCAGUCAAAAACGGGGAGAGUUGCAAACUAAACUCGAGAGAGCCAGUCCUUCAAAAGCUGAUGAUUCUACAUCAAGAACAAGAAGCCCCCCCACUAUCCGAAUAAAAACUCUUUCUGAGAUCCUGGCUGAAAAAAAAUAUCGACAGCAGGAAAUAGAGAGACAAAAGCGCAAA